UAGACUAAAAACAGAAGUAAUGUAAGGCUGGCUUCUGAAACAACCGUUUCACAUAAUAUUCAUUCUUGUCAGCUUGCAUAUGUGCUAACUGUUAACUCCCUCAUGCGUGUCAAUUGUGAUUCAAAAAUACGUCAUUUUAAAAUAAGAGAGACCAUGGAUUUAUCUUCAAUGCGGUAGAAAACUGCUCGCAAAUUUAUGCUACCGCUACUGUUUCUAUAAUCUUGUGGACUGCAAUAUAUUAUAUUUUGGUAUUAUUUUGCUCAGUUGUUUCAAAUUUUUGUUGGCAUUAUAUAACUAUUCAUGGCGACAGUAAGUGCAGAAGAAAACAACCAGAACUCAAACGAACCGUCAAAUAAAGUUAAAGGUAGUGGGACAAGGGUAUUCAAGAAGGCAUCGCCAAAUAGUAAGGUUACAUGUUAUAUUGGAAAAAGAGACUUUGUUGAUCACGUGAAUCAUAUAGAUCCUGUAGAUGGUGUAGUUCUUGUUGACCCUGAAUAUGUUGGACCAAAUAACAAAGUGUUCGUCCACAUUUUGGCUGCGUUUAGAUAUGGAAGAGAGGAUCUUGAUGUUUUAGGCCUGACAUUUCGUAAAGACUUGUUUCUGGCCAGUGAACAAGUGUAUCCACCUCCUGAUAAAGAACAAGUUCCACUAACACGUUUGCAGGAAAGGUUGUUGAAAAAACUUGGGAAGGAUGCAUAUCCUUUUAUAUUUGAGCUACCUCCCGGCUCGCCCUCAUCAGUAACACUCCAACCAGCUCCUGGUGACACAGGAAAGCCAUGUGGAGUUGACUAUGAACUUAAGACUUUUGUUGCACCAUCGUUGGAAGAGAAACCGCACAAGAGAGACUGCGUUCGUCUUGCAAUCAGAAAAAUUACGUAUGCACCAGAACAACCUCAGCCACAGCCAUUUGUUGAAGCGGAGAAAGUUUUUAUGAUGAGUCAACAUCCUCUUCAUAUUGAAGCGAGUCUAGAUAAAGGGCUUUACUAUCACGGAGAAUCUAUUGCAGUCAAUAUUCAUAUUACGAAUCGAUCAUCGCGUUCUGUGAAAAAGAUUCGCAUUACUGUUCGGCAACAUGCAGACAUAUGUCUUUUCUCUACUGCUCAAUAUAAAUGUCCAGUUGCCACAUUGGACAGCGAAGAAGGAUUUCCAAUCGGGCCAAGUUGUAAUUUGUCAAAAGUUUAUUCUUUGACACCUUUGCUUUCCAAUAACAAGGAUAAACGUGGUCUUGCAUUGGAUGGGAAGCUUAAACAUGAAGAUACAAAUCUGGCAUCUUCAACCAUUUUGGAAUCCGAUGUUUCGAAAGAAAAUCUUGGAAUCAUAGUUCAGUACAAAGUCAAAAUUCGACUUAUUGUUGCCUAUGGAGGAGAUCUUGCUGUGGAACUUCCCUUUAUGUUAACACAUCCCAAACCAGAAGAACCGGAAUCCGCACCCAGUCAACCUCCUCGUGAUAAAGCCAAAGAAAGAGAAGAAAACAAUUCCGACCAAGCGGUUGAUCAUAAUCUCAUUGAUUUUGAUACAAAUGGGGUAGAAAAGCAAGACGAUGACGAUGAUUUAAUCUUUGAAGAUUUUGCACGAAUGAGAUUGAAGGGUGAGCAUGGAGACACAACUGAAGCUUGAUAUGUGUCAAAAAAUAUAGGAUAUUCAAGAUGAAAUUAUACAUUAGUAUUUAGUCGCCCAAGGACAGACCGGAUCUUGCACAUAUCUAAUGCACCAGACAUAAGAUUCAAGAUGUCUUAUAGAGUUAUAACAAUUGUGAUUGAUAGAUAUUCGGAUAAUUGUAAUUACAAGCAUCUACAAAAUUUA